CAUCACAUCACAUUAAAAGUUGCAUUCAAAUCGAAGAACGCUCUACCUCAUUGCGUCUCCGCAGGCCAGAAACACCCUCUUUUGAUACUUAUAUCCGUGUCGGUUCACCUGAAGACGACUUGAAGAUGACGUAUUACGAGCUUUAUCGCAGGUCCACACUCGGCAUGACCCUGACCGACGCACUCGACGAGAUGGUGACCAAUUUUGAACUCACUCCAUCGGUUGCCAUGAAAGUUCUUGUACAAUUCGACAAGUGUAUGAGCGAAGCUUUAAACCGUGUGAAAGCGAAAACUACAUUCAAGGGGAACCUUGGAACAUAUCGUUUCUGCGACAACGUGUGGACUUUCAUUCUCAGUGACGUGACCUUCAGUACAUCUGGUGCUGGUGGUGAAAUUGCCACCGCAACCCUAGACAAGCUUAAAAUAGUUGCUUGCGACGGAAGAACAACCUCAGAUGUGUAAAAAACGUGAUGUUAGAAGAGAGUGGUUAAGUAGAGAGUGUUUAAGUUGAACUUGAUAGUUUAGUUAUAAACAUGUAUAAUAUUAUUGAAGGUGCUUAACUUUA